GUUGUGAGGCUGGGCGGCCGCCGAGGCCCGGGCCGUGUAACAUGACCCGGCGGCCGGCCAUUGCGCCCUCCCUGUCCGCCCGCGGCCGGGCGCCGCUCGCCGCCUCCCGCCUCCGCUCCCCCUGCAGCCCCGGCCCGCGCCGCUGCUCCCUCCCGGGGCUCCCGGCCCGCCGCGCUCCAACGCCCGCCUCUCGCCACUGCCUCCCGACGCCCGGCCGCGCGGCAGCCUGCGUCUCUUUCUCCCUCUCUCCUUUGAAAACUGAUCUUUGGCUCUUAGUGUGAAAGUGAUUUGAAUUUGGCUCGGCGGCGCUCUGCGCCUGCGCUCAGCCUCUGGCAUGCUGGCUCCUUCCAAGCAGCUGUUUUGGGUUUGAAAUUCCAACAUGGCAGAGGCUGCAGUCCGUCUUCCCUUCAAAAACUUGGAAUGAUUUCAAAUCAUAGGCACCUUCACUUAACCCUAGCUUCCAUUCAUCAGCAAACACAUCGGAUCGAUGCUACGCUAACCUAUCGGGAGCUCGCUCUGCGCGUCCAGGUUAAAUGAAUACCUGACGAAAGGGCCCACGUUUCAAGGCAGUGACAUUUGAUAGCUGAGAGGAAAAGUGGCUUUAAUGAAAAGCAACCUUUGGAAUUCCUGCUUGUGAGAAAUCCAAUUCAGCUUUUUGUGCUACCAGCAAGAAAUGAUCAGUAGCACCAGUGUUUAUGGCUUGAAGAUGCAGUGGACGCCGGAGCAUGCCCAGUGGCCAGAACAGCACUUUGACAUCACCUCAACCACGCGGUCUCCUGCCCAUAAAGUCGAAGCCUAUAGAGGUCAUUUGCAGCGCACCUACCAGUAUGCCUGGGCGAAUGAUGACAUAUCCGCUCUGACUGCAUCCAACCUUCUGAAAAAAUAUGCAGAGAAGUAUUCUGGCAUUUUGGAAGGUCCCGUAGACCGACCUGUACUCAGCAAUUAUUCAGACACACCAUCAGGACUAGUGAACGGCCGAAAAAAUGAUAGCGAACCCUGGCAGCCUUCCUUGAAUUCCGAAGCCGUUUAUCCUAUGAACUGUGUCCCGGAUGUCAUCACCGCCAGCAAAGCUGGUGUCAGUUCAGCCCUCCCUCCAGUUGAUGUCUCGGCAAGUAUAGGGAGCUCCCCUGGGGUGGCCAGCAACCUGACAGAACCAAGUUACUCAAGUAGUACCUGUGGAAGCCACACAGUACCUAGUCUUCAUGCGGGGCUCCCAUCUCAGGAAUAUGCUCCAGGAUACAACGGAUCGUAUUUGCAUUCUACCUACAGCAGCCAGCCCACACCUGCACUUCCUUCGCCUCAUCCAUCCCCGUUGCAUAGCUCUGGGCUCCUGCAGCCACCACCGCCUCCGCCUCCUCCACCAGCCCUGGUCCCAGGCUACAACGGGACCUCCAAUCUCUCCAGUUACAGCUAUCCCUCUGCUAGCUACCCUCCUCAGACUGCCGUGGGGUCUGGGUACAGCCCUGGUGGAGCACCCCCUCCUCCUUCAGCAUACCUGCCUUCAGGAAUUCCUGCUCCAACUCCUCUGCCCCCCACUACUGUUCCUGGCUACACCUACCAAGGUCAUGGUUUGACACCCAUCGCACCCUCUGCUCUGACCAACAGUUCGGCAAGUUCUCUCAAAAGGAAAGCUUUCUAUAUGGCAGGGCAAGGAGACAUGGACUCCAGUUACGGAAAUUACAGCUACGGCCAACAGAGAUCGACACAGAGUCCUAUGUACCGAAUGCCCGACAACAGCAUUUCAAACUCGAAUCGGGGAAAUGGCUUUGACAGAAAUGCUGAAACAUCAUCCUUAGCAUUUAAGCCAACGAAGCAGCUGAUGCCCUCUGAGCAGCAAAGGAAAUUCAGCAGCCAGUCCAGUAGGGCUCUGACCCCUCCUUCCUAUAGUACUACUAAAAAUUCAUUGGGAUCAAGAUCCAGUGAAUCCUUUGGGAAGUACACGUCGCCAGUCAUGAGUGAGCACGGGGAUGACCAUCGGCAGCUCCUCUCUCAUCCAAUACAAGGUCCGGGACUCCGUGCAGCUACCUCAUCCAACCACUCUGUGGACGAGCAACUGAAGAACACUGACACGCACCUCAUCGACCUGGUCACCAAUGAGAUCAUCACCCAAGGACCUCCUGUGGACUGGAGCGACAUAGCCGGUCUUGACCUGGUGAAGGCAGUUAUUAAGGAGGAAGUUUUGUGGCCAGUGUUGAGGUCAGAUGCAUUCAGUGGGCUGACGGCCUUACCUAGGAGCAUCCUUCUCUUUGGACCUCGGGGUACAGGCAAAACACUAUUGGGCAGAUGCAUAGCUAGUCAGCUGGGGGCCACGUUUUUCAAAAUUGCCGGUUCCGGACUAGUUGCAAAGUGGUUAGGAGAAGCAGAGAAAAUUAUCCACGCGUCUUUUCUUGUGGCCAGGUGUCGCCAGCCCUCGGUGAUUUUUGUUAGUGACAUCGACGUGCUUCUCUCCUCUCAAGUGAACGAGGAACACAGUCCAGUGAGUCGGAUGAGAACGGAAUUUCUGAUGCAACUGGACACUGUACUAACUUCGGCUGAGGACCAAAUCGUAGUCAUUUGUGCCACCAGUAAACCAGAAGAAAUAGAUGAAUCUCUUCGGAGGUACUUCAUGAAAAGACUUUUAAUCCCACUUCCUGACAGCACAGCGAGGCACCAGAUAAUAGUACAGCUGCUCACACAGCACAAUUACUGUCUCAAUGACAAGGAGUUUGCACUGCUUGUCCAGCGCACAGAAGGCUUUUCUGGACUAGACGUGGCUCAUUUGUGUCAGGAAGCAGCCGUGGGGCCUCUCCAUGCUAUGCCAGCGACAGACCUUUCAGCCAUUCUGCCCAGCCAGUUAAGGCCCGUUACAUAUCAAGACUUUGAAAAUGCUUUCUGCAAGAUUCAGCCUAGCAUAUCUCAAAAAGAGCUUGAUAUGUAUGUGGAAUGGAACAAAAUGUUUGGUUGCAGUCAGUGAUAACAUCUUUAAAAAAAAAAAAGAAAUGUAAUGAAUGUUGGCACACACAUAAAACCUGCUACAUAGGGAAUAGAUCCCCUUUCCAGUAGUGUUUCAAUUGCUAAGGGUACUGGGGAAGACAACGAUUAUGUUGCAUCUUUAGAGUCAGGGUAGCUGUGGAGGAAGCAGGCAUCAGAUGAGAGCCUCUGAUUUGGAAGCCCCAGAUGACAGAAAGCAUAUAUACAUGUGGAUGCUCAGAUCGGUUCAAGCUACACGACACUCGCCGAGAAGCAAGGUGCAAGUGUGUUGAUUUCAGAAGGACGUGGACCUCGUGUGUUGAUUCCAUUCUGCUGUUCUUGAGAUUUAGUUGCUGUCAAGUGCCUGGAGUGGUGCUUUAUUUUUUGUUUGUUUGUUUGUUUGUUUGCCUCACAAUUACAUUGGUGGCAUGUGCUAAUAUAAAGAGCUUUAACUUCAAACACUAUCGGACUAAAGAGAUGAACGGUUGUGUUACAACAGAAAAACGAGAUUUUUUUUCUGCCAUUUUAAGAGCAACAGUAUUCCUCAAUCCUGUCUGUUCUGCAGUGUUAGCUAAGAACAGGUAAAACAGGGUAACGGUAAUCUGGACCUUAAUUUCUGCAGUUCAUUUCUUUUAAUGUUCUUGUCUGCAAAAACUCAGGAAAGUGAUUGUGAUUUGUACAGUACCUCAAAGGAAUGUGUUAAAAGCACUAUGUACUGCUGAGAGUAAUAGGGUAGGCUUCGAUGUUACUUUAUAUUAAAAAUGUAUGUUUACCUCAACCAAUUGGAGAAUAGCAAGGAAAAUUAUUUUGAAUGUAAUCCACAAAAGUAAAGAAAAAGUACUGAAGUGUGAUACAACUGAAUAUUUACAGUUUAAAAGUAGAAGUGGAAGGAUUUUUUUUAAACGUUCUCUUACUAAUUAUGGGGAAUUAUUAACCAGAGCAGAACAAUUACGGAAGAGUUCUUAAUGCAUUCAUUGCCCUCCUUGGUGAUUAAGUGGAAAUGUUCAUAGAUGUUACACUGGUUAAUGGACAAGCUAUGUCUUCAGUUUGUGUUGGUGUUUAGAGCAGUCAGCUGCAGACCUGUUUAAGACCCUGAAAGUGACAGAACCUACAAACUAUAACUGCCUUCUACUGCUGUAAUGGAGGUGGUGGAGGUGGAGGUGGUAGUAGUGGUGGUGGAGGUGGUGGUGGUGAUGUUUUGGAAGCUCUCUCUUAAACUACUAGGGAAAGCAUCUACUCUAUUCACUCAGAGUUUCUAGGCUUGCAGAGCUGUUUCACAAAAACAAAAAAAAAAAACAAAAAAACAAAAAACAAAAAACAAACAAAAAAAAAAGCAGAGGAGAGGACCAAAUCAUACUUGCAAACUUAAAAAACGUAAGCAACCAACCAUGUGUAUCCGCAGAGAAGCCUCACGUGCGCCCUCCCCCAUGCCUCAUCUUGACUUUGCUCUUCAGAGUGCACUUUCCCUUCUCAUCCUGAACCCUCCACCCCAACCCCCCACCCCCCACCCCCCAGCUGUAGAACUCCUACAUUCUUUUCUACCUCAGUUUCCUUACAUUUCUUUUGGAAAGUCAAGUGAGAAAUUAGACGUGGACGUGCAUACCACAAAAGAGCUUGCCAAAUGUGGGGACUUCCGUGUCCUGUUGUGUUUUCUUCCAUCCUUUGUCUGCUUCCCUGUCACGCCAGUCUUUAUGCAUUCUUUCACCUCUGAAGACUACCACGUGGCAUCUGUGCCAUUUCUUUCUCACUCCGCACCUCUGCUCCUGCCUCCACCAAGUUGUUCUUUGUCUUCUGUAAUGCAGUAUGUGCAGGUUGUCAUUGACAGCUGGCUGAAGCUCCCUGAUGUCUCUCACUGUCACAGUGCAGGACAGCCACUGCCUGUGCACAAUCAGAGCAGCCUAGCAUUUUGAAUGUAUUUUCCUGUUUUUUCCUCCUUUUCUUUUCUCCUUUUUCCUUUCUUCCAUCCUUUCUUCCUUCCUUCCUUCCUUCCUUCCUUCCUUCCUUCCUUCCUUCCUUCCUUUCUUUCUUUUUUCUUUCUUUCCUUCUUUUGAAUUUUGUUUUGUUUAAAUUUAGACAUGCUAGAGAUGCGGUAAUUGUUGCAAAGCACUGGCAUUUUGUGUAUUCAAUAAGUGAUGUACAUUUUUAAGGCAAUUUUAAAUAAAUGCAAUGGCAGCCCCGUGAAAGGUCUUUCUGUUAUUUUUUUCACUUCUUUAUUUUUUCUGAGCUCAUCUGCAAAUUAAUUCUCUGAAACACUUAACACAGAGAAAUUGAAUGAGAAAAUGUAUCUCGUGGCAUUUUGAAAAUUUUACCAUAUCUGAUGAGUAAUCUCUUACUUUUCACGUUGCUAAAACUGAGCAAAUGAUCUAGAAUUUAAUGUACUGUGAACAUCUAUCAACUAACACUGUUCUAAAAUAUAUUCCAUAUUUUAAAAGCUGUGCCUUUCGUUAAGGAUACACAAAUGAUAAUACUAAUUAAAUAUUUCCUCUGCUUUUCACAAGUAAAUAAAUGCUGUAGUCGUAUUCUGGUUGUACCCUGUGCACUACCCCUGGUAAGGAGAUUCUAAUAUCCACUAACUUGUGGGCCCAUAUUGAUCUCAUUCACAAGUUUACCCUCUGCACAGUACUGACCCAUCUUCUCUAUGUAGAGGUCAUACGUCAUUUCCACCAAUAUGCUUUGCUCACUAAUCAAGUGAAAAGUAAAAACAGCUGGCAAGUUUUGACAAACCCAAUCCUCUUUAGUCAACUUUUGAGAACCCAUUAUUAACCCACAUUGUUUGGUGUGUGGUUUGCGGGACUUAAUGCCAAAUAUAUGAGAUGACGAUUGUGCUUUGUCCUCACAGUACUGAUGACAAUAAACUGAAGUCAUACACGUUGGCUGAUAGCUUUAAAUGGCUUUAAAUUAGUUUGAGAUAUGGAUGACUUAAAGAUUAGUUUGAGAUAUGAGUGGUCUGAGAUCCUUGCAUUUAGCAGAAGCUUGAAAUUCUGUUAGCAAACUGGGCAAGGCGAAAACAUGAAAUAACCCACUCUCUAGCAAGGUUUUUAACUCCAUGUGACAGCAGUGUGGAAACUCCCAUGGCCUAUCAUAAUCAGGACGUCUUUUCUGACCAUUCAUUUGAGAGCAUGGGGGAGAACAAGUUCCAGAUCUCCAGAAGUGACCAUGGCUAUUCAGCCCUAGAACAAAUAGGUAACUUUUGCCCUCUCUUUUGUUGCUGGGAAUUUGGAGGAGCCUCCUAAUGAGUGUAAGAUAGUGAACCAGUCAAUCCUUUCCUAAUGAGGGAGAAGCUCCAACCAGCCUCCUUUACAACCCUUAAUUCCUUCUUCACAACUGUAAUAACAUUUCCAACUGGGAUGAAAAGGAGGGGGGGGCAAACUACUUCAGGAAAAGGAUCCAUAGAAAUUCAAGAGGUAGCUCAUUGUGGGUUUAUAUGGGACACAAGUGAAAAUACUCUAUGCUGCUGGCUUGUUUCUCUCCAAAAUAUUUAGAACAUUAGGGACAAUGUGGAGAACUUUGCUGACUGAGCUGGUCAAUGGAAUGUGAAGGCAGUAUACUUUAAGGCUAUUUACUUUCACACAGAAUGUUUAUCUAUUAGUCAGUAUUCUACUCAAAUGCAGAUAGACGGGUAUAAUGUUUUCUUGUGCAUUUGAAACCUAUCAAGGAGAAAAUAAACCAUUCCACUAAAAUACAUAGGCCAAACACCAUCUGGACAAGUGAUAAAAGCUAUCCAGAGGCUAUACUAAAUGCAAGGUCAAUUUACAUGGACUGCAGAGCACUUGGCUAUGCAGUUUUGAAAUGUAUACUUCCAAAAAAUCCAAAUUAAUUCUUGCAAUAGGUCAUUGUAAAUUUAAAUAUAUUUCUGAGUUGAAAAAGAUGUUUUAGAGGCAUUUAGAGUCUCUCUGAAAAUAUAUCCAACCUCAAGCAGAAAGGUAUGUCUGUAUGCCAACUCUCGUGUUUCUUAGCAAGAAUUGGGAAUCCUGAUUAUUAAGUCCAUAUUACAGAGUGAAAGGCAUGUAGUUUUUGAACUAUUGAGGUCACUAAAGUUCUAAUAUAUAUAAAUAUAAAUAUAAGUAUAAUUAGUGUAUGUGUGUAUGUGUGUGUAUGUAUGAGUGUGCUGUUUCAACCACCACCUAUUUGAACUUAAAAAUGAACCCAUAUUUUGCAUUAUCUAGAGGCAACUAGUUUCUUUCUUUUUUUCCUAUGUGCCAAAAUACACAUGACUACUUCAAGAUUCUGUUUCAAUAUGACUUUUGUUUCCUUAAGGAAAGUAAAACCUUCAGUUUUGAAUUAUCUGCCGAUUUAAUGAAACACAUUAGCAAACACAAAGCUGUUAGGAUUUCAGAAUUCACAACCAGCUAUACUUGUGACUAACCAACCCAUGAACUAAAGCUCACAGUCCGCUAAGACCUUUGGUUGACAUUCGAUUUUGAACCUGCCAGAUGCGUUUGUGUGAACCAGGGAUACUGCAUCUUUAAUGAACAAGUCUCUUCUCUUUCCCCCUGUUUUUAAAUACAACACAAGGGGUGUAGCACUAGGCACUGCAAUUGUCAAAGACAAUUAGACUGAAAGCAGGGACAUCUCACCUCCCUGUCUCAGUGAUAUGUAGAAUGUGGGCAGCCUGGGUCAGCCUUGCCACAGAGUGGUGUGAGAAGAUAUGAAUCAGUCCUAUAGAAUGUUAAAUAUUUAUAAAAUGGUUUUGUAGUGUACCAAGGUUGGGAGCACAUUCAUUUCUUCUUUUUGUCUUAUGAAACAAAAGGAAAAAAAGCAAAAGUUUAUUUCUAGGCUUAUUCUUUCCCUAGGUAUAGGCAUAUUCUCUCUCUCUCUCUCUCUCUCUCUCUCUCUC